AUUCGUGGAGCCAUGUUUUAUUAUUUUGAGGAUACAUAAAAAAUUUACUAGAAAUAUUUUUUGAAAAAUAAAUAAAUUCUUGAUUUUGAUAAGUUUUGUGUUAUGUAAUCACAAUGAUGAAAAAAAUUAUAAAGAAUUCUUUAAUUAAUAAUUUGGAUAUUUUUCUUACUUAUAAUAUGGAGUAUACAUUUUCUAAAAGAUUAUCACAGUUAACAGAAAAGCAACUUGAAUUAAUGAAAAAAAAAUUACCCCAAAAAAAACCAAUCAAAGGAGUAGACAAUAUCAUAUUAGUAGCAUCGGGCAAAGGUGGUGUUGGUAAAUCUACAGUUUCUGUGAACCUCGCAACUGCUUUAAAAUGUAUAGCUCCUGAUAAGGAAAUUGGUUUAUUAGAUGCAGAUGUUUUCGGACCAUGUAUACCACUUAUGAUGAAUUUACAAGAAACACCUUUGCUAAACGAUCAAAAUUUAAUGAUACCUCUUGUGAACUAUGGAGUAAAAUGUAUGUCAAUGGGUAACCUGAUUACAAAUAAUUCAGCAGCAAUUUGGCGUGGAUUAAUGGUUAUGAGUGCAAUUGAAAAAUUGAUUAGAGGUGUCGAUUGGGACCAUACUGAUUAUUUAAUAGUUGAUACACCACCUGGUACUGGAGAUACUCAUCUAUCACUUGCUCAAAAUCUUCCUUUAAAAGGAGUUUUGGUUGUUACAACUGGUCAGAAAGCUGCAGUCGAUGUUACCACCAGAGGUAUAUCAAUGUUUAGAAAAUUGAAUGUACCUAUUAUUGGACUUAUAGAUAAUAUGAGUGGAUUGAAAUGUACUAACUGUUCCCAUAUUAACAAAUUAUUUAGUAAUACUAUUCAAGAAUUUGCUUUGAAUGAAGGUAUCAAUUCAUUGUUUUCUAUACCUAUGGAACAAUCUAUUAUUGAUUCUUGUGACAGUGGACAACCUGUUGUCAUUUCUCAUCCCAAAUCAAAACAAGCUGAAAUAUUUAAGACAAUUGCUCAGUUUAUCAUAGAUUGUGAAAUUAAUUGUAUAAAUAAAAAACCUGUUAAUUAAGUUUAUAUUUUAAAUUUUCAGAUUAAAAAUGUUUAAAAAAAUUUAUUUCAUUUUUUUUUUUUUGUACUAGAUUCUUUGUUAAUAAGAUAUAGUGUUCAGUAAGUAAGAGAUUGGGUUUAUAUUGUUCUCAUUUGUAACAAUACACUUGUUUCCCUUAUUACUGAACACUAUAUAUUUAUGAUAAGAGUAACUUCUGGAUAGAUAAUUAUAGUUAGUACCAUUUAGUUGUACAUUGUUCAUAUUUUAGUUAGAUAAUUAUUAAGAAUACUAAAGUGUAAUUUUUUAACAUAAACCUCAUGAUUAAUUAAAUAUAAUAAUGUAGAUAAU